AAAAAAGUGUGCAAUGGAACUAUUGGAAUUGUGAUUAAUUUUGACCUCUCCUUCUUGGAAGUGAGAGUGGCAUUUAACGUAAUUGGAGGCAUCAUUGAUAUUGUAAUUAAGAGGGAAUCUGACAAAUUUAUUGUUGAUGGCAAACCAUUUAGCAGGUGUCAGUUUUCCUUGCAGAUCGCUUUUACGCUUACAGUGCACAAGACUCAUUGUACAGAUUGGUCAAAGGUGUACAUUGCCUCUUUUCAUCCUUCUGCAUUUAUUAAUGACAUGUCAAUGGUUGAAGAAUAUAGACGUUUGGAAAAAAAGGCCUCUACUCCUUUACCACUCUGA